AUGAUAUUCUUACGCAAAUCUAUAACAGCAUGCAUAAGCUAUAGACCGCAAUUCGUGGCUGGUUACGGUCACAUCACGAGACAAUUGAAAACUGUGAAAGUACCAGUGACAAAGGAUUCUGUCGCGAUUACACCACGGGAAAGCCGCAAAGCAAAUACCACGGAGGAGUCAACUAGCCGAAAGGGUAUUCUGAGUCGGCAAAUGGUAAAUGCUACAACGAAAGCAAAGACAAGCAAGAUCACGCCUAAUGGUAAAGCAGCAAAACAGUCAGGGCAGCCCAGAAACCGCAAAAACAAGUUGAAAAAGAGUAGUCCUGAAACAGUUUCAAAGAAAUCCGGUGCCAGUGCAAAGGUCACGGUGCUGUCAAAAUCAAGCAAAUCGAAAACACCAACAGGAACAGCAAAGCCAUUAAAAUCUAGCCUGAAGUGUCAUCCAAAUGGAAAGAGCACCGAUAUAAAGGGAAAGAUGUCGAAUAAUACAGACACCCUGCAAGGUCCAUCGGAUGCAGUAGAAAACCCAGCUUUAACCUUGUCACUGUUUGAGACUAAUCAAGAAGCCAAGGGGACACCACUGACGUCUGAAAAGAGUGAGAAAGGUGAUUAUUCACAGUUGGCAAUGGACCAAAGCUGUGCCACCAUCAAUACAAGCGUGACUACUAGGAUACCAACAACCUGCAUCCCAGGAAUAAGCAACUCCAAAAAUAGCAAGGACAUAUCUUCAACCCCAUUUAAACAACAGCCUGACUGGUCAACAUUUCUUUUCGAUGUAUUCGACACCAAGUCCAAUCAAAAAGUGGUUGAUCUAAUUCAACCAUCGAGUUUCGAAAAAUUAGUUGAUGAAUAUUCUUAUGAGACAAAGAUGCGUAAAAAGGCACUUGAAAAGAAACGUAAUAGACCUAAAUUCAAGAGUUUCAACUUGAUAAACUAUGAUCAGUUGACCAAAUUAGGCGUGGGGAGUUACAAAUUGAACGACAACGGGCCGAAUGAAUUGACAGUGUCGAUUAACAAACAGCAUUUGUUGUUGGCGCAUGAUUCAUUAGUGCCGGCAAUAACAAUUAGACAACCGGAAUGCUUAAAUUUCGCCAAUCCGACAGGAUUGGUAUCAUUGGAACAAAUUGGGCAACUGUUGAUUUAUGAGUACUUGCUCAAAUGGUCAUUGAUGAAUAUGUUUAAUCCUCAUCGCAUGUGGGAUGCAUUUGUUACCAAAUGUAAAGGAUUGCAAUUUAUUCAAUUGGAUGAUGCAGCAACGAUACAAUUUACCGGGUUGCAGCCAUUGUCGGUAUUUGUGGCAAUGGUUUAUUUAGAAGACAAGGACUACGACUACUGUAUAAUGAAGUUUCUUCAACAGUUGGUGGCUUCACACAGGAUUAACACCGACUUUACUACAGAUUUACUAAUUGGUAAAUAUGUGCCAGAGAUAGACAUCUACUUGCAGCAAUUCCCCACACCCAUCAACUUCAACAUCUUUUCCCAGGUGUUUCGACCUCCCAUGUUGAAUUCAUUGUCGUUCAAACUACCCGCCUUGCCGAAAUUUCAUAAUCAGGAAUUGUACAAAUUGGCACAGGUCUCAUUGCUUUCGCCUCGCACUGCAUCAUUUGCACAGUACCCUAACGUGGUGUUUCUUCGCGAACAAUUGGAUUCACUAGGAGAUGCUAUACUCAAGCGAUAUUCAGUUGAAUAUAUGAUCCACUAUUGCAAAACCACCUACCAAUUCAAGUGGAAUAUGGAUGACGUGCAUUUCCUCAACAGAAAUAUUUUAUUCAGUCGACUCGCCUUGGCCUAUAAGCUACAUCAAGGGUUGAAUGAACCUGAUAAUCGAGCCAAGAUGGAACAGGUCAUUACAGGUAGCUUGGACGUGGCGAAUGAACUAUUGGGCGACAUGUUGGAAAGAAUGGUGGCAAUUGAAUACUUGGAUGACCCCGAAGUGUGUCGUAAUUGGGUGUUUAAAAUAUAUGAUGUCAUCAUUGCCAACUUGACAAAGAAACAAGGUGGCAUUGAGUUUCUUGAUAAGGAGAAAUAUGUCCUACUUUAUGAACUUCAUUUAAAGACAAAGACCAUGUAUUAG